AGAAUACGUGCCACUGCCACCAUUUGACCAAUCUAUCUUCUAUUUACAAUAUAAUCCAGUACAGCUAUCUGGUAUGAUGGGCGGCACAAAGAGAGACCACGAUGGGCGAAGCCGCAGUCCCCCGCCAGCCUCUCCCUUCAUGCCCAUCUUUGAGACUUUCCGCAAUGAGCUGGACGAGCACCAUGACAGACGAGAACGAAUUAUAAAAGCUUCGCGCGAUGUUACUGCUGCAAGCAAAAAGAUGAUCUUUUCUCUUCAGCGAGUCAAGAAAGUUCGCGGUGAACUACCAGAGAGGAUAAAUAAGGAAGUGCAAGGGCAUUUCAACACUAUCGUAACCACCCUUGAAUCAAUUUCUGGCGACCUGCAGGGCAUCAAUGCAUGGCGCUAUCGGCGACAGAUAACGGGCGGGUUGCAGGAAUUCAUUGAGGCUGCGACGUUUAAGCACUACUUGGAAACGCAAACGCUGCUUACCGUCGAUGCUGCGGCUGCGGCUGUGCCUGGAGGCGUCCAGCUCACAGAAGACGAUUACCUUCUCGGCAUUUUUGACCUGGUGGGAGAGAUGAUGAGGUUUGCUAUUACCACAAUGGCAACAUCGGGAGAACUGCCUGGAAACACUGCAGACUCAGAAGAUGGUCGCGAAAUAUCAGAAAGUAAUAUCCUCUCGGAUCUGCGAGAGUUGCGAACACAAUUUGCUGCGCUCGACACCACUACCAGCUCAGGAAAUGGACUCGGAAGAGACGUGGAGAAGAAACUCGAAGUCAUGAACACUUGUGUAGAAAAGGUAGAGAAUGCCGUCUACGGAUUGAUCAUUCGAGGAAGAGAACGACCGAAGGGUUGGAUGCCAGAUCUUGGAGAUGACUCGGGCAGAGGGAGGGAGCCUGUUGAAAGCUACUAGCCAAUUCGUGAUACUAUUUUCUUAUUGAAAAGUCUUCCCCCUUUUUUUUUCGAAUGGUUUACCCCGGCGAUCAGAAACGAAUAGUAUCAUGUAUGAAAUAAAUGAUAUCCCACAUUUCACAUACGAAAUCAUCGGAUCUGCAGAGGCCCGUUGACGAGCAUGGGCCUAACCCAGACAAUUGGUCCUUUGCAAAUUAUAUUCCAUUGAUAACUUCGCAAAUGGCAAAUUGCAGAAGACAGUACAGCGCCCAACAAUAGCCGCGCGAACCUGC